CUAUUUUGAACGGCAUAUGAUGAGAAAGUACUUUAUACAUUUAGAUGCUUUUGGAUGCGGUUGCCCCGCUUGGCUGUAUCGAUGAGACACCAGAGACAUGGACGGGUACUCGGACUGUGGCAGCUCCGGGAACGGAGGCAGCGGCAGUGUCAUCAAACUGGGCUCCUCCCGACUCAUCGACAUGGACAAUCCGCCAAACUCCCGCAUCUUCAUCGUCUGCAGUAAGAACCACACCGAGGCCGAGCUCAAGUACGCCUUCGAGAAGUUCGGAGACAUGGAGGACAUUUGGUUGGUCAAGGAUAAGAACACCAAAGAGAGCAAAGGUGUGGCGUACAUCAAGUAUGCCAGGGCUUCACAGGCCAUGAUGGCAGUGGAAGAGAUGCAUGGAAAACAGGUCGGGCCAGAACCAAAACCACUCAAGGUGAUGGUAGCCCAGUCGCGCAGCAGUGGAAGCACUAACGACAUCAGCAUCGACGCAGAGUCCCUCACCAGACUAUUCCUGGUCAUCCCAAAGUCUUUGGAAGAGGAGGAUCUUAAGGACAUCUUUAAGGAAUGGGGUCCGAUUGAGUACGUCAACGUUGUACGCGAUCGAGGCUCGGGCGAUCCAAAAGGCUUCGGAUAUGUCAAAUACUACAAGGCUUCUCAUGCAGCACUAGCGUUGGAAAACUGUGACAAAACGUACAAGCCGGUUUUCGCCGAACCCAGAGUGUCGCGAGCAGCGAGGGAAAGUCCGAGUAGCGGUGGGUCGUCCUUCAACGAACCCUUCAUGUACAGCGGCGGACCCCCCCACCCUUCGCACAACAUGGGGAGCAACUCUCACAGAGAGAUGCCCCGAUCCCCUCCCCUCGUACCGCCGGCACCUCAGGCGAAUGAUGUCACCGUUCUGGGCGUCAACCAGUGGCUGUACAUCAUUGUAGACUCCACGGUCAGCGAACACCAGCUUCACGCGCUGUUCGACCUCAUUCCUGGGUUAGAGUUCGUCGACUUACAGAAGGACAGGUCCACAGGACAGUCCAGAGGAUGUGCGUAUGCGCGAUAUACAACAGCGGCCUCGGCCAUCUACGCACGAGAGAAGCUGAACGGUUUUGAAUAUCCUCCAGGAUUCAAACUGGUUGUGAAAUAUGCAGAUUCUCCCCACUCUAAUGGAGCACCAGGAGUCGCAGGCCCAAGCCCCACGCCAGCAGUGUUAGCACCAGCCCCUCCCUCUCCUAUCCUACAAGGCAUGCCGAUCAACCCACAUCUUCCAGUUCCAGGGUUUGCAGGCUUCAACAGGAUCCAACAGUACACACCAGGCUACUGCACAGCACAGUUACCUGGUCCCCAGCCAUUGGCUGAUCCCAGCUCAGACGUAGCGGAGAGACUCUUCAUAGUAUGCACACCCACAGCACCUCCCGAGUAUGCACUCAAAGACGUCUUCAGCCGGUUCGGAAAGCUGAUCGACGUCUACCUAAUGAGGGACAAGAACUACGGUUACGCCAAGUACGCGCAGAAGGUCAACGCAGAGGCCGCCAUCGAAUCCCUUCACGGCCAGGAAAUUUGUGGUCAAAGGUUAAAGGUCAUGCUGGCUGACCCUCCCAAACAGGAUCAGUCCAGGAAACGGCCGCGGACAAGCAGCUGAUGGGGAAAACUGCACUUCCCACCCACCCUCACUGGACGUGACGGAAUAAACCGCCCAAACGACAGAUCGAUGAAUCCAGACAGAACUGACAGGCACUGAUCAACCCGUACGCGAGACAGGCCCUGCAGGGUCCUGCACAAGACAGGUCCUUACAGAUGACAGUCACAAUCAGGCACCAAGAAAGAAUCCUCAGACAGUAACAUUUCAGACUACAUUUAAGGAUGGUCACUUUGAAAUUGGAAAGACACAAAAAAAAAUGAUUGUUAACAAAUUGUGCUGUAGAUUAUCUCAUAAAUCAUAAGCAUAAUGAUAGAAAUCAAGAUUUCAAACCAAAACAUUUCGUAUGACAUUCAAAACUUCACCAAAGAGCAGGUUUGAGUAUUGAAUAUUGUUCACUCAAAAAUAGAAAAAUGACUUUCUGAAUGAUAAGUGACCUGUCUUAUUUAGUGAUUUGACCGCAUUUUCUUCUCAACCUAUUGUCCUAUCCUGUACACUCCCGCUUGUAAAGUUGGAUCAGCCCAACUUUGCUUCCCAUACCACAGUAUUGUCUUUCCAAGGGUUCAUCCACUUUUUAAACAGGGGUGCUGCCAUGCAGUUUUGCCUAAUUUUUGACAAGAGUACUUCUCGCUAAUUGUAUUGCAGACUCUAAGACUGUUGCUUUUAUUAAAUGUGAAUGAUGAUGUUAUGAUAUUGUAGAUAUCGGUAACGUAGUGUUGUUCCUUGCUUAUGUAUAUAUAAAGUAGUGUUUAUAAGACUGUUUCCAAAGUGUGACAUUGCCCGGUGAGAUAUAUUAACAUGAGAGUGCAAGUUAUUUUCUUCCACUGUAAGGGGACAGGGGCUUUUUCCAGGUGUUAGAUUUUAAGUCUAUUUUCAAAAACCUACAUGUAAACCUCUUCAGUGUGCAGUAUUAGGGUAAUGAUUACACUUAAAGUGUUAUUCUUUGCCCCCUAUUCAUAACAGUGUUCCAUCCCUUUUCAUAUUUCAAUCAUGUAUUUGCAUGCGUUUAUCAUGAAUAUUUUCAUGUAUUACAUGCAAGUAACUGAAUUACUCAAGCUGUGCUCCAACUAGUAGUGGAGACUUUGAACACACAAACAAAAGCAUUGAUGGGUUACUUCAUAUAGUUAAAUCAUAUUUUAAAAAAGUCAUUUACUGUAAGAGCAAGUUUAUGACUUUUCUCUUAAUCUACAUGUUUGUAGAUUUGCAAGUAGAUUUGCAAGACAUGGCUUUCCUUGUACAUUUUCUGGUAGGUGCAAAAUAUCAGAAUGCAGAAUUAGGAAUAAACAUUCUCUCAUAACCAAAUGUGAUAUGUGCAAAGAAGACAAUAGGGGUAGUCUUCAUGAACAAAUUUCUUAAACAAUCACUCUUUGAAAUGUAGUGACUAAUGUAAUAAUGUAGAUUUUUAGUCGCUAUAUUUUGAUGUAAAGGUUUUAGGUUUAAAUGAUAGGAAAAAUUGAUAUACGAAAGUGCAGAAGUUAAGCACUCCGGAAAUAUAUUGUUUACUUCCAAAACAAAAGCUAGGAACAUAGAGAAAUGAGUAACUUCAGUGAAGUGUUGUCUUGUUUAAAUCAAAUUCAUUAUCAAAUACUUUCAUUGUUUAUUUAAGUUAUAUUGCCAUUUUUCAAAAGCUUGGCUAUUUUUCAUAAGAGAUCAGCACCCUAAUGUGUGUAUCAAACAAUGAUUGUUAGAAUGUAGGAAAAAGAAAAAAAAUUGUAUUGAGAGAGUCUUCACUGUAAGUAAAAAAUAUUGUAUUUCAUAGCUUGUCUAACACAAAGUUUUUGUUAUUUUGCACUGACAGUCUUGUUGUCAAGUUUCAACACCAAAAAAAGCUUCAGCGAGGUUACAUUCUAACAAAAGGUGCCAAGAACGUGUAACACUGUCGACUGUUGUAAACUAUUCUUUUAAGAUGAAAGAUUUGUUCAGAAAAGCUGUAGUGAAAAAGCUGUUGUGAAAAGUUUUGAUAAAUAUUUUCGACACUUGUAAUAACUUGCUGGUCAGAAAAGAGAUUAAAAUUGUAUUAAUCAGAAAA